GAUAGAAUCACAAUACGUUCCCAUUGCAGUGCAGUAGACUAAUGUGAUUCUCAUCACGUAUCAAGAUAUUGGAUUUUUACCAAUCGACUAUUCGUUGUAAAUAUGUAAAAAUAGCAGACAAAUGAUAUCACACGAAGUUAACUUUUUUGUAGAUAGUGACAAACAAUCCAAAGAACGUAAAAAGCAUACCAAAAUGACCAUGCAAUCCAGUUUUGAUUUUGAAGAACAUAUGGAAAAGUACGACUUGGAGAAUUCAGCAAUCCACAGAAAACUUCAAAGCAAAGUGGAAGCACUCAAGAUCAUGCGAAACGAACUGGAAAAAUACCGAUCGGAGCGGGAUCAGUUCAAGCUGAUGGCCGAAACACUUCAAAUGCGAUACUCAGCCAUGAAAAGCAGUCUCAACUCACCGGAGUUUCAAGCUGCCGGCUUCGGGCACAGUUCGGCCGUUAGUCUUCUAGUCAAUCAAACGCGGGAGCGAAACAUGUCCUUGAGCACGGAAGUGGAAGCCUUGCGACAACGGGUUCACGAACUGGAAGGCGACAUUGAAGUUCUGCGAACGAAGAACUACGACCUGCAAGCGGCUUUCAACAAACUGAAGUCGGUGGAAGAAACGAAGCUCAAAGAACGUAAAGGCAUCGUCUGGGAUGAGGAGAAAUCCAGACUGAUAGCGCAGAUGGAAGCUCUGAAGAAGAAGAACGCCCAACUGCAGUACGAUUUCCGGUCGUUGCUGGACGAGAAGGAGGACGUCGUCAUGGAGCGGGAUGCGUACAAGUGCAAAGCACACAGGCUGAACCACGAGCUCAGUGUAAUGCUCAAGGGAGACAAGUCGCAGCAGAAGAUCGUGGACAUCGAUGGGCUGAUCCUGGAGAACAAGUACCAACAGGAAAAGAUAACGAACUUGGAGAACGAGUUGGAACUGUCGCGGCAGUCCGCUACUAAGUACAAGAACAUGCUCGAUACAAAACGGAAAAAAGGAAUCAUCAAGCUGGGUACUAACAACAAUCAAAGAGUCAUGUCCCAUUCGCAAGUGAAAGAUCUCCUCGAACGCGGAACCGUGGAAGAGCUACCCCUCAAAGCAGCCACCAUAUCGGAGCUGAAGUCACUGUGCCUAGCCCUGCUGGACAAUGUCAACGACAAGAGCUUGGCGUUAUCACACCAGAAGAAAACCAACAAACUUCUAGCCGCGAAGAUUACCGAACUGGAGCAACGGAUACUCGCCGUUACGGGCACGAGCGAACUCGCAGCCACGUCCAGCCUUUCGUUGUCGCAAAUUCUGCUCAACGGGUACACCUCGGCGACUGUAGACCUAGACUUGAGCGAAGAGAUCAAGCGACUCAAGAUGUUGAACCAAUCCGAGUUCAGCAGUGAUAACAGCGCUGAAGAACUUAAAGCUAACGGACACGCUGAGGGAGCCAGUUCUAACACAUCGCAAGGCCUACCGACGGAACUGCUCUCAUCCGAAUCGAACAAGAGUCUACCAAGCUGUUCGGAAAUCGGUGAACAGGACUACGGUCACGAAUCGUCUUCCGAUUUGACCUCGAAUGCGGAGGACAGCACCGGGAUUUUGUUGGAGCCGUACAUAAGGGCCAGCCGUGCUGGGUCGACGGACAGUAAGCUUCCGGAGCUGCCACCGGAGAUUGCCGAACUUGUGCGGCAAUUAUCGGACAGUAUGGACGACGGUGCUAAUUGAAUGCGGAUGGAUUUGAUUGACACCUCUGCUGAUGGCAUUGAGGCUUCAUUCACAUGGGCUUCGAAUUAUGUGUUUUGAUUCCAGGGGAUGAUGAGACGUGUUGAUUGUUGAGGCGGAAUAUGUAAGGAGGUGCGUUAUCUCUGAAAGAAUUAAAAUGAAUAACAAAAUGCCGAACGUUUACAAUUUAUUCCACUGUGAAUUUGUCAGAAACA